GUUCGCAUACUUACAUUGCCCACUAGCACCAAGCAAGGCUACAGCUCAAAUUACCAUAUUGAGGUCAAAAACAUGUAUGUGAUUUCGCCUCUAGUGAUCUUGAACAGAGACUCAUAAUAUUCUAGCAACCAUCUUACAUCAGAGACACCAUGGCAGAUACAACGCUCACAACAUCCAUUCUCCCAAUCUCCACACUGGAGGUAGGGAGCGAUUAUACCGCUGGCAACAACGAAUUUAUCUACUAUGGCAGCCACGGAAAAGCCAUUUUGAUAGGUCUCGCAGCCACCGUUGCGAUUCUCUUCUCCAUCGUCUUAUGCAUGGCAUGCUGCUGGCCGAAAGAAAAAAAGAAGAAUGAGCGAGGAGGAUACGUGACUACGACUUACUGGAAUGGGACUGGAAACAAAGGGAGGUGCUGUUGAGUGUUGUGAUGAAGCAAGUGUGGUAGGAAUCUAGUAAGGUCAGGUGAUUGAUAAGGCAGUUGCAGUGGAAAAGAUAGUUGAA